AUGAAGAUGUUGAAAGAUCAAAUUCAGGGAUUGUUCUUGUUAAAGGAGCUUAAUAAGCAAGGCUUUCUUGAUGAUAAGGAAUAUGAACAGCAGAAAAAGAGUCUUGUUGAGGAAAUACUUGUACCUAUUAAUGAGAAGAAGGAGCAGGCGGUAGAUGAUGAUCACUCUGUUCCGGAUCAAUAUAGGAAAUUGUUGGAUGAACAGUCCGCAUCAUUUCAACAAGCGCUCAUCGAAAUACAGCAAGAGUUUGUACAAUUAAGAACCAAAGACUGGAAGAGAUUACAAGGCCAGCUGAAAGAACAACUCAUGUACAUGGAAGAAAGACAGAAUCAACUCAUAGCUAAAUCUAUCAAAGACCGACCUCUACCACCCUCCGAAGAGAAAUUACAUCAAACGAAUACACAAACUGAGUCUAUGGACGAGAUGAAGAUAGAGUUGCUAUCAAAAUUUGAACACAUAGAUGAGAAAAUCAGAGAUUAUAUUGAGAGUACUCGUGAGUAUAUCGAUAUGAGCGUAAAGGUAGUCAAGCAAGACCUGAUGGAACACAAGCAACAACAAAAUGAGGUCAAGCAAGAGAUACUCGGAUUACUUAGUAAGAAGAUUGAUCUAUCAGUGAGUAGUCUUACAUCCCUUAAUGAGCGAGCGUUCUCAGAGAUUGAGGUCCAAAAAAAAGACCUAGGGUUGACUAUUGAAACACUUGAUGCCAUGCAAAAAGAAUUGUCAACGAUGCCAAACAGUAUUAGGAGGGAUAUUCACGAAUACUUGAACAUUACAUUCAAAGAAGAUGUUCUCAAGGCAAUAUCAAAAGGAGACGAGUUUGUCCUUCAAAGUGUUUCUGACAUCGCAAGGCAAUACACUGAUAUUAAAGUUGACGGGCUUGAGCAUGCAAUUGAAAAUAUUGCUGAAUUGUUAAGGGAUGAAGUGGAAAAUUUGAAGGUUGAACUAGAUCAAUCCAAUGACAACUCAUCAAAAUCAAUAGCCUCUUUGCGAGAAGAAAUGAGCAAUUCCCUAAAAUUGAUAAAACAAGAGGUGGAUGAAAAGGUAAAUAUACUCGAGCAGUCCCUAUCUAGAUCCGAGGCGGCAAUGAGUUCUGAAAUUACGAACCUUAAAUCUAAGCUUGAGUCAAACACUCUAACCAUCAUGAACACCAUUGACACUAUGAGAAUCUCGUUGAACGAGAAUUUGGAACGAGCAUUUGCUAAGCUUGAGAACAAAAUUCUUGAACGCAAUGAAGAGCACAACGAAAGACUGAAAGAGACAAAACUUGAGUUAGAAACAAGGAUGAACAAUUUUAAGAAAGAUUCAGACACACAAGUUGCUUUGUUGUUGAGUCAUGUCGACAGAUUAGACAAAAGGAUCGACACUUCAGAGUUGGAGCUGAAGAACAGAGUUGAGAAAGCGCAAGACAUGUUUACAGAAAACUUGCAACAAGUUAAUGAAUUGUUGAAGAAAGCAAUGGAGGAGAGAUUCGAUAAUAUUCUACAGUUUUCUAAAGACCAGAUUGACCAAAUUUUGUCCAGAAUGAAUAGCGAGCUCGACACUGUUAAAAAUAACCAACAACAUAUGGAAGCUAGUUUUAAACAAUCGUUGGAAAGCAACGUGUCAACGUUGACAGGAUUAAUCGAUUCAUCAUUUUGUAAGAUUAAUCAAACAAAGAAUGAUCUAGAGCAUCAGUCCCACAACUUCUCAUCGUUAGUGAAAGACUUGGAACAAAAGGUACAAGAUACUGUCGCACAAAAUCAGCUCGAAAAUAAUGAAAAAUUCAUCGACAUUAAGAAUGAAUUGAAAGGCAAAGUAGACAUUCUGACUGGCAGCUUGGACGAAGCUAGAAAAUCCUUUGAAUCGAAAACAAACGACCUUAAUUGUGACAUUCAAUCUAGUAUUGAGCUAAUGACUAGCAAGAUAGAAAGUGUAAAGGUCGCUUCUCUAGAAAUUAUUGAACAAAAAUCAAAGAAUCUUGAAGAGACCAUCGCUCAAACUGGAGAAAAUCUAGGUAUCUGUUCUGAUAAACUGCAAAAAUUGAAGAAACAAUUCAAAGAAAGGCAAUAUCAAUUACAAGAGUUGGUUUCAGAUUUAAAGAAGAAAGCUGAGAACCAUAAUUUGGAAAACCAAGGUAUGAAAAUAUCUUUAGCUAAGCUGGAAGAGAAUGCAGAAAGGUCCAACAACACUUGGAGAACGGAUAUUGAUCGAAUUGACGCUUCACUGGAAAAAAUAGGCGUUGAUAUCAAAUCUCUGACGGAAUAUACGAAGACGAGAGUCAAGAGGUUCAAGUCUACGUUUGAAGCAAUUAGGUCAGACAAUGCGCAAAAAGAUCAAGCUACAUCCCAAAAGCUGGAGGAGAUUUUUUCGAUCACUUCUCAACUUGCUACUAAGCAAGAACUUUCUUCGUCCGAGUCCUUGUAUUCCAAAGAAUUGAGGACGAUUGAUGAAAAGCUAACACAAAAGCUAGACACAACUGAGCAACUUGUGAGUAACACGAAAAAUACCUUGCAAAACAAAAUUGAGGAGAUUCAAUCAACUUUGUCCACUCGCAUUGAAAGGAACACAACCCAAAUUAUGGAUCAAGUGGUAAAAUAUGAGGCAGACCUGAAAGACAAAAUUACAACAGAGAAUGAGAAGCUGUGUUCAAACCUAAAACUGGACGUUCAAGAAAAGAUUACAUCUGUUCAGGAAAAGAUGAGUGCUGAAGCAACAAAUUUCAAGAUCGACAUUCAAAACUUGGAAACGAGAUUGAAAAACGAGUUAAUCCAUUUGGAGUCAAAACAAAAGCACGAUAUUCAAAAUCAUGAUACGAAACAAAAACAAGAAAUUCAAAAUUUAGAAACCAACUUUAAACUUGAAUUGAAAACCCAUGAAGCGAAGCAAAUGAAUGAAUUGAAAUCGAUGGAGAACAAAAUCUAUGAAAAAAUUGAUGUAUCAGAAACUGAUAUUAAGGGCUUUUUGUUGUCUGCAAAGCAAAAUGUUGAAGAGAUUAGCGCAUUUCUAAGAAAUGAAAUGGAUAGAAAUACUCAAAGUUUAAAGAAUGAGUUGACUCUCCAUGAUACCAAGGUUAAAAUUCAGAUAAAGUCUGAGGUAGACUCUUUCGAAAAAGCUUUGAAAAUCCUUCAAGAAGAGAACUUUAAAGAGAUUUUAGACAAAACUGGACAUGAACAUUCAAAAUUGAGACAUGAUUUGCAAGUUGUUGAAAGCAAGAGCCUUCAAGAAUUACAAGCCUUGGAAAUACGAUUUAAACAAGAACUAAUGUCGUUGAGGGACAAACAGACGGAGGACAUUAUAUCUUUAGAUUCAAGGUAUAAGCAAGAAAUAAGUUUAGUUUCACAAUCACUCUCAUCAGAAAUUCAAUCCAUAGAAACAAAGUGUGCAGAAAAGAUAGCUGAUGGCGAACAGAGAAUUUCAAAGAUGGAGGAAAAGCAUGAACAAAUUACUGCCGAUGUGAAUUCUAAGAUUAAUAGCGAAAUUGAAACAUUGAGUAAGAGAUCAGAGGAUGAAUUGUUGAAAAUGGAAAUCAAGUUUAAGGGCAUGUUGAAAGAGACUGAAACCAAUGCCCGAGCCAUGAAAGUUGAGAUGCACGACAACAUCUCAACGGUCAGCGAAAAAAUCAGAAGUGAAAUAACGUCUGAACUUGUUUCGUUUAAAGAAAAACACCAACAAGAGUCGCAAACACUGGUUUCCAAACAAAAACAAGAUAUGGAAUCAUUUGACCUGAGGAUAAAACAUGAUCUAAAGUUAUUGCAGGACUCACAUGAAAAAGAAAUGCAGUACAUUGAGACCAGACAUGCCCAAGCACUCAAUUCGAUGGAAGCUAUUUUAAAUCAACGACUCGAGACAACGAGCAAGAGUGUUACAGAGAUUAGCAAUUCUCUCCAAAAGGAAGCAGUCAAACAUGAGCAGCUAUUGAACACAGAGCAAAAACUUGAAUCCCAUCUGAAUGUGUUGCGGUCUGACUUUGAACAGAUUAGAAAUUCUGCUCAUCACCAGUUUGGUGUGUUAAACGAGAAAAUAGAAAAUAUUUUGAGGUGUGAGUCCAAACAAGAACAAUUGAACAAGGACCUUGUUUUGAGGACAGAGCUUCUCCAAGUACAACAGCAAGUAGACUCAACAUUGGAUUUACUGAACAAGGGAAUUGACACUGUAGCAAAAUCAUUGAACGAUCUCAAGGUUAAAAUUGGUUCUGUGGAAGAAACGAGCAGUAGCAAUCUCCACAAGAUCACUCAACACCACUCAUCGAUUGAGGAACUACUUUUGCAGGAUAGAACUCUACAGGAAAGAUUGAACGAUGUUGAUCAAAGACUAAGCGAUGAAAUAGACUCAAUGAAAGCUACCACUAAGGAAUCUUUAACAGAUGUUGAAGAAACAAUGGUAAAAAAUAUUACUCGAUUCGAAACUCAAAUAGGCGAACAAAUUUCCAAAAUCCAAUCAUCUAUUGAGAAUAUCAAGGUACAAUCGGUGCAAGACGUCCAGCAAGUAGAUGAAAAACUUAUGGGCCUUCUACAACAAGAAUGUUCUAAGCUAGCAGCCAAAGAUAUUGAAUUGCAAAAUCGUCUUGAGACAGUCCAUCAUAGUCUGCAAUCUGAGAAUGAAAUUUCAAACAAAUCCAUCCAUACUCUCAGAAAUAAGGUUGAUGCCACCAUUUCCGAAAUUGAUAAUCUGGUAAAGUUACAACAGGAUUUCAAGAACGAAUAUCGAAGCGUGCUUACCAACGUUGAGAAUGCAAUCACAGAAAUACGUUCUGCAUUAAAGGAAAAUGAGAAAGAAGAUGAAGAAACAAAGAGAAUGUUUACGUCAUUUAAAGAUGCUCAGUUGGUUGUGAACAGUACUCAUGAAUCUAAGAUUUCCUCGAUACAAGGAUUUAUUGAAGAGAGACAUAUUCAAAUGGGGGACAAGCUUGAAUCAUUUAAGGAAGAGUUGCGAGAUCAAGUAAGAGAAAUAGCAGUCUCUUUACCAAUUCUAACAACAGCUGUAGAAAAAUUGGAAGCAAACCACAACGAGCUCAGCACAACGUCCUUGCAAAAUACUCAAUCUUUGCAAAAUAUGAUAGAUGAGCAAAAAAACAACAUGCACCAAGCACUUAAAUCGUUAUCAGAGGUGGUAGAACUUGAAAACAAAAACAACACAGAUGCUUUAAGCGCAUUAAGAAAGUGUAAUGAGAGACUGGAAACUAAUUUUGUGAGAGCUGAAGAGGAUAUAGAACAAAAGCUUUCUAAAAUGAAAGACAUGAUAUCUCAAAGCGUCGACUCGUUUAAGGAACUCGUUGCACAGUUAGAAGAAAAAUCAGCAACAUCGAAUGAGGUCCAUCAACUAAUUAAUAAUAUUGAGGUGAAGAUGGCUGAGUCAAAAGAGUCAUUACUUUCACAACAACGAGACUCUGUCGUUGAACUACAAACGAAAAUCAGUGAUAUCAAAGAAAUAGUUUCCAGGCAUGUUGACUCGUCGAUUCUACAGCUGCAAGGCCUUGAUCAAAAAACUUCUGAUAAAUUAGAUAUGCUCAAGAAUGAGAGCAAAGAAUUAUUGAACAACGUUGAGAAUAGAAUCAAUGACAUAAUUCACAAUGAUACGGAAAAAUACGAAACACUUCUUUCUACUUGCAGCCUUCUAUCUCGUCAAUUUGAAGAUCUUAGAAGCCAUUUAAAUACUCUACAAAACCUAUUUGAAAAUACAAGAUCAGAAAUGUUUGAGAAUGAGAAGCGAGCCGACAACUAUUGUAAACUAACUCAAGAACAAUUUGUAUCUGUGAAUAAGGAUAUUCAAGAUCUACUUCUCAAUGUAAAAACCAACUCCGACCUCAUAUGCAAGGAGAUAACGGUAAUUAAGGAAGAAGUUGAAUUGAGCAACAUAGCUUCUCAAGAAGUUUCAAAAAGUACUCUGGAGAAGUUGUCCAAAUGCUUCACAAAACUCAAUAACCUCAACGACUUGUAUUGUUUGUUAAAAGAGGAUGUAAACGGUCAGAUAGAAUCUCUAAUGAAUUUGGUGGAAGAAUCAGAACGAAAGAAAAUAGAGAAGCUGCAAUCUGUAUUGCUAUCAAGCAGCAACACAAACUCCUCUGACACGCAGUAA